AAACUAAAAAUUCCAUUUCGAUUUCUAUUUUCCACCACUACUCCAACGCUUCAUUUGAUUCACCGACUGCAAACUACGCUUCUGUUUCUUAAGGUUCAGCACACGACGCCGUUUCGCCAUCUCCGAAAGCCACGCUCAAUCCCGAUGGCGGAGCAAACGGAGAAGCAGGCGCAAUCCACCCCGCCGUACAUGAAGGCGGUGUCCGGAUCAUUCGGCGGCGUAGUCGAGGCCUCGUGCCUGCAGCCAAUCGACGUCAUCAAAACCCGGCUCCAGCUGGACCGGACCGGCUCGUACAAGGGGAUUGCCAACUGCGGCACCACCAUCAUCCGAAACGAAGGCGUCCGCGCAUUGUGGAAGGGAUUAACUCCCUUCUCUACGCAUUUGACGCUCAAAUACGCGCUGCGGAUGGGGUCGAAUGCGUACCUGCAGUCGGCGUUCAAGGACUCGCAGACAGGGGAGCUCAGCCACCAUGGGAGAUUGUUCUCCGGAUUCGGUGCGGGAGUGCUCGAAGCUCUCGCUAUCGUCACUCCGUUUGAGGUGGUGAAAAUCAGACUGCAGCAGCAGAGAGGAUUGAGUCCUGAGCUUUUCAAGUACAAGGGACCUGUACAUUGUGCUCGUAUGAUUGUCCGGGAAGAAGGCUUGUUUGGUCUGUGGGCUGGAGCUGCCCCAACCGUGAUGCGUAAUGGAACAAACCAGGCUGCUAUGUUUAGUGCUAAAAAUGCAUUUGACGGGUUAUUGUGGAGCAAACACGAAGGUGAUGGCAAAGUUCUUCUGCCUUGGCAGUCUAUGAUAUCGGGAUUUCUGGCUGGAACUGCUGGUCCAGUAUGCACCGGUCCCUUUGAUGUCGUGAAAACAAGGCUCAUGGCUCAGAGCAAAUCAAGUGGGCUGAAAUACAGAGGUAUGUUUCAUGCUAUCACAACAAUAUAUGCUGAGGAAGGAAUUCUUGCAUUGUGGAAAGGGCUAUUGCCUCGGUUGAUGAGGAUCCCGCCUGGGCAGGCCAUCAUGUGGGCUGUGGCUGAUCAGAUAACUGGAUUGUACGAGAGGAGAUACCUACAUAAUGCAUCCUUAUAGCCUUGAACGAUCCCUUAUAGCCUUGGAUGCGCGUAGUGACUUAUUUUGGUAACUUGAAAUUUUAGAGUUUUUGAUGCCCUUUAUAGAUUGUUUAGAACUGAAGAGUUAUUUAGCUGGCAGAUCCAUUUUUAUCUUUAGCUUUGAACUUGCUCAUUUUGUAGGCUAGUAUCUUUCAUCUAUAUUUUGAGAGCAAUUGUGAAAUUGUUGGUGGUUUGAAUUUUGAUUCAUUGAAGUAUGUAAUCCAUCUUCUGAAAUUCUAAUAAAUUGGAUGAUUGUUCAAUGAUUGAAAAA